AUGGUUGCAAGAACUCCAACCAGAGGGCGUGGUGGCGGUGGGGGUUUUAGGGGAGGUAGGGGAGAUGGAGGAGGGAGAGGUGGAAGAGGUGGCAGGGGUGGUUUUGGUGGAAGAGGCAGUGAUAGUGGAAUGAAGAGAGGCGGCGGUAGAAGUGGCGGAAGAGGCGGAAGGGGAGGAAGAGGUGGAAGAGGAGGAGGGAUGAGGGGAGGGAGCAAGGUUAUAGUGGAGCCACAUAGACACGAGGGUGUUUUUAUUGCUAAGGGAAAAGAGGAUGCGCUUUGCACCAAGAAUAUGGUUCCUGGUGAAGCUGUUUACAACGAGAAGAGAGUCUCUGUUCAGAAUGAAGAUGGGACGAAGGUUGAAUACAGAGUAUGGAAUCCUUUCCGCUCCAAAUUGGCGGCUGCCAUUCUUGGUGGAGUAGAUGACGUUUGGAUUAAACCUGGUGCUCGUGUCCUUUAUCUUGGAGCUGCUUCAGGAACAACUGUUUCUCACGUAUCUGAUCUUGUUGGCCCUAAUGGAGUGGUCUAUGCAGUGGAAUUUUCUCACAGAAGUGGUAGGGACUUGGUGAACAUGGCCAAGAAGCGGACUAAUGUUAUUCCCAUCAUUGAAGAUGCAAGACACCCAGCCAAGUACAGAAUGCUUGUUGGCAUGGUGGAUGUGAUAUUUUCUGAUGUUGCUCAGCCUGAUCAGGCAAGAAUUUUAGCACUCAAUGCCUCGUACUUCUUGAAAGCUGGAGGCCAUUUUGUGAUAUCAAUUAAGGCAAACUGCAUAGAUUCAACAGUUCCCGCGGAGGCUGUAUUUGCCCAGGAAGUGAAAAAGUUGCAAGCAGACCAGUUCAAACCCAGCGAGCAGCUUCCUUCAAUAUAUUCUGUUUUCCUUAGGUUGGACUGUAUUCAUAGUUCAGGCAUAGCCUCUCACUAA